AUAGCACUGCUAUUUAGAGUAUUUUAAUGCUCUUAGAGUGCUAUUUUGGUUUUUCUCCCAUUUUAAAGAUGGUGACUACGAAAUAUGACGGGAAUAGCGGCAUUCAUGAGCAUAUCAUGAUGAUGAGCAACAUGGCUCGUAAGCUUAAGGGAUUAGACAUGGAAGUCACUGAGGGUUUUCUGGUGCACUUUAUCAUGACUUCUCUUCCUGCAUCUUUUGAAGCCUUCAAGGUCAACUACAACACCCAGAAAGUCAAGUGGUCUAUGAAUGAGUUGAUUGCUAUGUGUGUACAAGAAGAAAAGUAUCUGAAGCUGGACAAACCGGAUGUGGCUUACGUCAUGACUGCUAAUCCAAAGAAGAGGAAAGACAAUGUCGAUAAGAAGGAGGUUUCUAAAGUUCAGAAACAUGAUGCAAGUGCUGCUUCCAGUUCUAAGAACUCCAAAGGGAAGUCUCACUGCAAGUUCUACUGCAAGGAAGGACAUAGACAGAAAGACUGCAAAGACUUUAAGGAGUGGCUGACGAAGAAAGAUAAUCAUCUUUACAUUAUACUUGAGUCCUUUAAUUUAAAUGUUCCAACUAAGACAUGGUGGUUCUAUGGUUCAUGUAACCAACUCACUUCAAGAAUUCCUUACAAUCUAGAAGCGGGAAAGAAACCGAAGAACACUUAAAAUGGGGAAUGGAACAAACCUAGUUGUCGAAGCCGUGCCAACCUUAGAAUUAAUAAUGAAAACUGAUAGGU